AUGCAUCCGAUUGCAUAGCCUGCGCAUGCGCACUCUGGACCGGAGCCGGACGGAGCAGUGACAGCACAGUCCCGGGAGACAUGUUGGCUCUAAGGACACUGGCGGAGAGCCAACAUGGCCGCCUUUCAGUGUGUCAACAACAACAGCGUCAAGUUGAAGUGAGCUGGGAUUGAAUAUCGGCCUUUGGCUCUGUCUCCGCGGCCACAGUCUCCGGACCACCAGAAAAUAAAAUGAUUCGCAGUAGGGUUCCCGCGAUGUGUUGAACGUUAACCGGACCUUGAGAUCUCAGACAGGUCCUAGUCGCUCUUCUCUGCACUAGGCAGCCUGACAGCCAUGUCCUCACAGCAGCCCAACAGCUCCGCCUCCAACAGUCCCACCUCCAUCCUGGGCUCCCCCUUCUCCGUCAUCAGCCCCUCUCUGGGCUCUCAGUCCGUCACGUCCUCCCUGGGCUUUGGACCCAUCAACAGCAGCCAGAUCAACUCGCCCGUGUCCGGGAUGCACGCCAUCAGCAGCUCUGACGACGUCAAGCCCCCGUUCGGCCUGAGGCCGAUGUCCGCCCACAGCCCCGGGAUCAUGCUGUCCCAGAAGCGCCUGUGUGCCAUCUGUGGAGACCGCUCCUCCGGGAAGCACUACGGUGUGUACAGCUGCGAGGGCUGCAAGGGCUUCUUCAAGCGCACGGUGAGGAAGGACCUGAGCUACACCUGCAGGGACAACAAGGAGUGUCUGGUGGACAAGAGGCAGAGGAACCGCUGCCAGUACUGCCGCUACCAGAAGUGUCUGGCCAUGGGCAUGAAGAGAGAGGUGGUCCAAGAUGAACGUCAGAAAUCGGUGCAGGAGGAGCGCCAGAGGAACCGUGAGCGUGAGGGCGAGCUGGAGUGCAGCAUGGCGGUGAACGAGGAGAUGCCCGUGGAGAAGAUCCUGGAGGCGGAGACGGCGGUGGAGCAGCGGACGGAGCUGCACUCGGACGGAGGCUCCGCCACCAGCUCUCCCCACGACGCCGUGUCCAACAUCUGCCAGACGGCGGACAAACAGCUGUUCGCCCUGGUGGAGUGGGCCAAGAGGAUCCCCCACUUCAGUGAGCUGCCCCUGGACGACCAGGUCAUCCUGCUGAGAGCAGGAUGGAACGAGCUCCUCAUCGCCUCCUUCUCCCAUCGCUCCAUCGCCCUGAAGGACGGAGUCCUGCUGGCCUCUGAGCUGCACAGGGACAACGCCAUGCACAGCGCAGGAGUGGCAGCCAUCUUUGACAGGGAGAGCAUUCAGAGUGCAGAAGUGGGGGCAAUAUUUGACCGGGUUCUCACCGAGCUCGUCAGUAAAAUGAGAGAUAUGCAAAUGGACAAGACGGAGCUAGGCUGUCUCCGAGCCAUCGUCCUCUUUAACCCAGAUGCUAAAGGACUGUCCAACACCGCUGAGGUGGAGCUCCUCAGGGAGAAGGUCUAUGCAUCACUGGAAGCCUACUGCAAACAGAAGUACCCCGAACAGCAGGGAAGGUUUGCCAAGCUCCUGCUGCGCCUGCCCGCACUGCGUUCGAUUGGCCUGAAGUGCUUGGAGCAUCUGUUCUUCUUCAAGCUGAUAGGUGACACACCCAUCGACACGUUCCUCAUGGAGAUGCUUGAAGCGCCCCACCAGUUAUCUUAGGAGGGAGGAGCUUCAGACGGGCUUUUGGGUGGAGCUGGAGUGGGACUGCACUUUUAUUCUUUUUUUGUUUUGUGGAUUUAACAAUUUGUCUCACUGCUGUCUGUGUCGGCCUAUUUGAGCGCCUCGCAGACGAGCUUUCUAGACCAAACGAUCUAUGAGCUGGUGUGGGGAACACCAGCGUACCGUACAUUAAAGUACUGCUCAUAUUAGGACAUCGUCAGUACUGGUGCUAUAUAUUGAAAAAAAAAAAAGAUUUCAGAAGUAAUUGAUGUAAAAUGUCUUUUUUUAAAUUGAAAAGAUUUGUUCCUUUACCGGAGCUAAAAUGUUGGUAUCCAUUUUUAUAACUAUGCUUUUUAGAAUCCCCAAAUGAUAAGCUUCAGUUUUUAAUUCCAUGGUCUUCAAAACCUGUUUUUAAAAGAAAGGUUGAGAUCAUGGGUAUGCAAUAAAGAUGUAGUUUUCCCCCUUUUUCACAAUUUGUAAUUCAAAUCAGAACUUGAGUGGGAGGGGGGAGGGGGGGGGGUAAUUUUUCCUGUCUAAUCUCAGUAAAGUACUGACCUUACUGUACCAAACACUCUGUGUACUGUGUCUAAACAUAGCGCCUCGUGGAUUUGAUUCUGAGAUAAGAAACGCGUAACAUCGUGGCAGUAAACCUUGGGUCCACACGGAAGGAGGCCAGGCUAGUGUGGAGCUAGCUUUGUUCACUAGGGUUCCUUUUUUGUUGUUUUUUGCGCUUUUUUGUAAAUCUAAUCACUUUGCAGUUAAUGCAUAGACUGCACUGCACACUUGCUAUAUGCUAUUUUUAAAACAUACUAUUUUCGAAUGAUUGGCCAAAAAAAUGGUCAGGUUUUGUACUUGGUGCUAUUCCAGAUUCACUCAUUCGGUGAGGCCAUUCACUCAACGACAAACAUAAAUUAUGCAAGAAAUUAAAUUCCCUCAAAUUUCUAAUUGAGCAGUUGAACCCGAACCCUGCAUCACGCAUCCCUCCAGUCCGCCUUCAGGGGUUUUACUAAGUAAAUCAUCGUCUGGUGGAAAGGGAAAAUUCAAUUUGUAAUUUAUAUACAAUUAUAUGGUACUGUGCAAAGAUUGUUCAGGGAAAAAAUGCUCUAUAUGAAUAGAUUUGGAUAAUGUGGUCAGGAGAUACAAAUUGUUAUUAUUGAUAUUUUCCCUGGUUUAGAUUCCAACUAUUAUUACGCAGAAUGUGUCUUAGGUUGCACUGGAUUUUCUAAGACACGUUCAACAUUGCAAUUUCUGUUUGGCUUUUUCCUUUUUUAUUUUGGUGCUCUUUAGUUCUAUUUCCCUCCCCUCAGAGUUAUUAGUUAAUGUCUUCUUCAUCUUGCUGUCUUGUGCAUUGUUUAUUAAAAGGCAAAAACCCAAAUCACAACUACAGAUCCAUAGAUCUCCACCACCACCAUACUUCUGUAUGAUUGACUGUCUGUGAAGCUCAGAUCAAGUGGAUUAUUGUCAUUGGCUUCUGUACAUGCUCGAUUGGCGUUUGAUCUCCUCGAUCGGCAGAUGUUUGAUCGGAUCGAUCGGCAGACGUCAGAUCGUCUUGAUCGGCAGACGUUAGGCCGGACCGAUCAGAAGCAUUAGAUCGGUUUCUUGCAGCAUGGGGUUGUUUGGGUUCCAAAAUAAAAACAAAAGGCAGAUCUGUCUGUUCCCGGACUCUUUUUCUUUCCUGUUUUUAAUUGAAUUAAUGUGUUAUUGAAUGCUUGUUUGUUUUUUCUUGUACAUUUUUCUCUCUGCCCUAAAAAAACGAAUCUUUCCAAUCCACUAGCAAAUAAAAAGCCAGAUGACUGGGGUCUGUCUGGCUUUCCAAAUGCAUCUCUGAGGCGAUUCAUGUCAAAAGGAAGGACUGAUGUAUUUCCUGUACAGGUCAGCCAGAGCGGCACCCUUCUUGAAUUGAGACGUCCGCUACUUCACCGGUCACACACAAGGUUCCUAUCGCCCAUACACAUGGUUGGGGAAGGGGAAGGGACCGGUCUGCUGUGUGCGCAACAGUGGCACCGUAAGGAGAGCGCUAUGAGACAUUUAAAAAGGUCUUGUGAGAACGGCAGGUAGGCAGAAAGGCAAUGGAAACACGUCUUUAGGUCAGCCUCUUUAUUGUAAUCGUUACAAUUGUGUUUUGGAUGCGAGGUGAGCGAGCGCUGAGUUGCCCUCGUGUCCCUGGUGGUGUAUGGGCUCCGUGAUGCUAGGGCUAAUACACACGCAGGACCUAGGGCCGCAUGGAGGGCAAAUCAAAGGCUUCCGGAGAAUACCACCGGAGAAACUGUCUGACCACUGCAUUCGUCAACUUUCAAGUUUGCACAGUUUAAACACAAAGAAACAAGACAGACAAAACAAAACCUCUGAGAUUCAGACCUCCCCUUGCGUAGCAGGAGGUCCCACAUCUUAUAGAAACCAUGCAGGGCUUGGUUUAGCUUAAAUAACGCAUUUAUUAGAAUAAUACUGCUUUUGACUAUAAUACACUAUUCUACACAAGGAGCCACACAUGGAAGAUGAACAGGAACGUUUACAUCAUUUUACAGCAAUCCUUUACAUGGUUGUCUUCCUGUCGUCUGCCAUUUGACCCAACUAGUAAAAUGGGAGAAAAGGUCGUACACUUCUGACAGAGGUCCCAUGCUACAAAAAUCUCUUUAAGGUGCUCGAAAUCUUCCAGUCAUUUCUGAAGAACUAUGAAAUGAAGAUGUGCGGCUUAGUCAAUAUAAUGGAUCAUUCUGAAUGCCUAUCGAUUAGUGACCUGUUUGAACAAUAUGAGAACUUCACGCAACAGUAAAAACAGCAUCGCCAAGGGCUGUCUACAUUUACAGCACAAUCUUGGCGUUUCCAGGUUUAUUUGAUUAUUUGUAAGCAUUUUGCCUCCCUGUUUCAUGUGUCUAAAAAUAUUUUGGCUCUUGGUUGUGUGCUUUUUAUAACAAUGAUAUUUGAAAGAACAGUUGAUCCGUUUCAUAAAAGUAAUUCAUAAAGUAUAAUAUGGAGACAAAAUAUGAAUCUACUGUGGAGAGAAACGAGAAUGAUCCAUACAGUAAGGCAACUGAAAAGAGCUGAUCUGCUGACCCCUACAUCAGCAGAGAGUUUAAAGCUAUUGACCUAUAGUGAACUGGUUCAUCUGUGACAAAUUAAGUCCAGGUAGUUGGGGUAAAUAGAUUUGGGCUCUUGAUUGGACGACUCCAGCUUGUGAGGUCAACACUCACCAUCCACCUGUUUGCUUUACUAACAUUUUCUUGGUUCCGUAUCCCUGAAAAUGUUUAAAUAAAUAAGUGGUUGAAAGGCACUGUUAAAUCUGUAGCUCGUCUUAAAUAACAGUCUAACACACUGGAAAUCUUUACUGGAAAAUGUUAGAUUGUGUCUGUAAUUGAUAAGUUAAUUAUUUUUAAAGCGGGUCUUGAUAAACUGAUGAUGUAGCAAAACUUCAAUUAGGGAC